UAUCGGGUACGACCCGCCGCGCGCGCGCGCGCUCUGGACCGUUCGCACGAAUUUUGGAGCAGGCGGCGCCCGGAAACGAAAACCGCUCCCGCGGGAAUCCACGCGGGAAAAGUUUGAAACGUCGAAAAGCCACUUCAAAAUCAAAUCUCUUUAUUUUGAGCCCUUUUAUUUUUCCACAUCAAUGGCGGAAAAUUCCGAAGCAGCAACAAUGCGCGACCUCGUCUCUCUCACUCCCCUCGAUUCCCAGGUUUACGGGGGUUCUUCUCAUCCCCUCUCUCUCCCUUCUCAACCUCUCGAUAUCAGGAACUGGUUCUCGAGCUAUGAAUAUGAAUCCGAGGAAACAAGCGAUUCGUUCCGCGAUGCCGAUGCGAGCGAGACGCAAGAUCCUGUAGAAGUUUUGAGAAAGAGGAAACCCGAAGAUCCGACCACAUAUACGUGUUUAUCCUCAGAACAGCACAUAGAUCUGCUACCAAAUAAGAAAAACUUUGAUUAUAGUCGAGAUGGUCAAGAUGAUUGUAGCAAUUGCGAUCGCUCAACAGCGACUGGCGAGUAUGUUAAGAAGCUCACUCGAUCUCCAAUUAAGAUGCUUAGAAGGACUAAUUUUAGAGAAGAGAUCUCACUUGAAGAAUAUCCAAAAGAGGCCACAAUUAGCACAUUAAAUUAUGGCACGGUGCCGGAGUUGGCACAUGACCUUCCUCGUGAAGAGGAGAGUCUUACGAAAGAUGGGAGAUCCAAUGCAGAAACUUUCUCAGGUAACUCGAGCUUUCCGAGGGAUCUCUCGCACAUGCCAUCAAACAGAGAGAGCAAAGCAAAGAGAAAACAGAAUCUAAGAGUAAUAUUAUUUGGAGAGGAUUUUCUUGGAAAUUCUGCAGAAGCCGUUGUCGAUGAUAUGCCUGCUUCGCCGAAAAGAGAGAGAGGCAAAAUCGAGGACGAAUUGGGCGGAAAAGAUCAGAGGAGCGCUGGUGUUAGACCGGCUCAAAGUGAGAUCAAACAGCGAGAAGAAAAUAGCACGUCAAAUGAUUUCAUUUCCACCAAGAGCAGGGAGAGUUCCAGGCAGAAUGAUGGAAUCCAUGUGCGGCAUUCAGUAGCAACCUCUGAUCACAAGAAUAUGGCUACUGAGAAUGAGAUGAAGGGGAAAGGCGAACCUUCGAUGAAUCGUGGGAAUCUGAAAAGGGACGAUAGCGGUAAAGGAAUAGUGAGAAGCCCAUUAGGUGAUAGAACUAAUUUUCAGAUCGAAAACGCUGUGGCGGCAGCACCAACGGUGCCGGACUUGUCAGGGAAAUGGCGGUGCCCUCGCAAGAGCAGGCCCUACACGGGUCCUCCAAUGAAGCAACUCCGAUUGGAGCGAUGGGUUCAUCGAAAGAUAUAGGUAAGUCUAAUACAUCUAGGUUGCCUUCUGUACUUGCGAAGUAGAGGCUUUGGCAGAUGAAAAAAAGUGGAAUGAGAUUCCACUACUCAGAAGCUAGAAGCUCUUCUAAUUUCAGAGUACGUGUUUAUAACACUCUUCAUAAUAGCUAGGAGAUCGCCCUUUCGAGUUCUUGGCAUUUGCGUUGCUCUGAAAAUUAGUGUCUCUGAUUCUGCAAGCAGUUUUUUGUAGUCUGUCUCUAAAAAGUAAUUCUUAAGGUGGUACAUUUUGAAAUACGAGGCAAAGGAAAUUGAUAGAACUCGUCUCACCCAUCUCGAUCCAGGUAGGAAAAUUUAGUUGAACUGCACCGACUUUGUAAGUUUGUCUGACCCAUCUCGAACUAGAAGAGUAACUCAUAGUUUAUAAGAGCUAUUUUUAUAGUUAUCAGAUUCGUAGGUCAUGCGUCCUUAGAUGCAACUUCUUGGUUUUUAGCUCUGCGGGUAUCAACUGGGGAUCAUGAGGUACGAUCAGCACUCACCAAAUAAGCUCGAGGUUGGUGGUUUUGUAUUUAUAAUUGAUAAAGUAUAUGUAUGUUGUUUAUAUUAUUCAAGUUUGUAACUGUUUUCAAUAUUGAGAUUCACUAAAUUUAUAUCGAGGAGCCUGAGGACUUGCCUUGUAGGUUGUCUGCAAAGACAUGGUAGAUGUUGUUCUUGCAAUUGGACUAUAUCUUGGGUAAGAUGCAGUCAAAAAGGUGGUGCAUUUUGACAAUUUCAAUCCAUACUAAUACUGGGUGAAUUGCACUAAUUGUUCUCUAGCUCUUUGGUGAAGUUUUAUUAUUUUUUGUUUUUGAAAGAAAGAGAGUAUGCUAUUAAU